AUGAAAGACAAUACUAAUGCUAGCACUGAUGAAAAUUUUGAAAAUGAUGCUAAGACCAGUGCCGAUGAGAAAGUUGAAAGUGAUAUUGACAUUAAUAUGAAUGAAGAUGGCACCAAUAUCUAUAUAAAUUUCGCUGAUGAUGCUAGUCUUGGAUCUGAUAAUGAAGAUAUUAUUGACAAUCUAGAUAUAAUUGAUCAAAUAAUUACUCAUGAUAAUGAUAGUAAUAUUAGUGAUUGUAAUGAUACUAAUAAAAUAAACAGUAAAGAGUUUUCGCAUACUGCAUAUCGAGAUUUUAUUGAAAUUAUAAUAAAGUAUCAACUUUUUUAUAAGGCUGAUGAUGCUGUAUUAAAGUUUAUGAAAAAGUAUAGUAAAAUUUCGAGAAGUCUCUGCCUUGAUCAACAAAGAUGGCCUCUAUUUCUUGGAUAA